GCUCUACAGCCACUACAGUGGAAAACCGCAGCAGCAAUCAUGAAGUUUUUGGUUCUUCUCGCAGCGUUCGUGGCGGCCUGCUCCGCAGCCCCUAGCACACUUUUGGCACCAGCCUUAGCAGGAGUGGCCGUUGGUGGGCCAGUCGUAGGAUCUACAGUAGUUGCUGGGCCUGCGGCUGGAGUCGUCAGAGUAGCCGGGCCUGUUACUGGCGGAGCCGUGGUCACUGGGCCCGUUGCUGGUCCCUCCGCUGUUGUCGGCUCUGUCGCUGGACCCACUCUCGUUUCUGGAAACGGUCUUGGUGCUGUUGUUGUUGGCGGUGGAGUUGUCCCAGCUGGCCUGGUAGCUGCGGCUCCAGCGGUCCUGGCUGCUCCUGCGGCCACGGUCGUAGCUGGACCAGCAGGAUCGGUCGUUACUGGUCCAGUGGCGUCUUCUGUCGUUGCAGGCCCAGUGACGUCCGCGGUUGUCGCAGGCCCCGUUGCCAAAACGACCGUGAUCGGUGCUUCUUCCUCGGCUGUGAUCGCCGGAGGCCAUAUCUGGUAAUAGACCAGUAGGACCAUUUAUACCUCGUGCCUGACUCAGGACCA